UCAUUCUUAUUUGUGGUCAACGAACUCAACAACAACUAUGAGGCUCAGACUUACGGAAGCGAGCCACUUCGGGAUCAGUGGUUGAACUUCAUGCCCCCUGAACGCGCGGAUGAGAACCGCAAGGCGGCGUCAUCACUCCGGCUGAUGGGUAUCGGUGGUGUGUUACCGAAACGAGAAACCAAACAGAAAAGAAGUUUGCUGACGCAGCCACGGUAUCAAAACAACAGGUACCGCCCUGGCCGAGGACACGAAGGUCAUAUCGUUCGAGUCGAUACGGCAGGCAACAUCACCGGCCACCCCAUUAUUUGCCGUCAAGCGACCAUUUUCUCCUGUAGCAACCACCUACCCGUGAUUGUUGGGCCUGGUGACGCAUCUCUUGGUAACUCGAGAGUUGUACGCCAUGUCCUGGACAGCGACAACAUGUUUUACUGGAGCCUCCUGCACAUUAGCCGCUGGGAUGAUGGCUCCAACAUCAGUUAUGUCAACUCCGAGGGGCGAGGUGUGCCUUCUGUCGUCGGUAGAAACCCUUCUUGGAUUCCCUCGCUCGUUCCUCAGGUGUAUUGGAAUCCAAAUGCAAACCUGGUGUCAGGUGGGCUGUCUGGUGACUUGUCCGUCUUGAUUGGGCUUAUGGCUUUCCACAGCAGGGUAGGAAGGGCGAGUGACGUGUUCAUCUCGCAAAAAUGGCAUCACAAUCGGUGGAUUGGAAGUCAGCACGCACCGACACAUGGUAAGUUCAUCGCUCUAUGUGCCUCCACCCCCAACAUGAAGAGUGUUUCUGAACGUCUGGCUAACGGCACAAAUAGUGCCAAGAACCCAAGAGGAAAAUCCGCGCGGCUUUUUUGUCCAAGUGUGUCUGGACAAUCUGGUAAGGGGACUGGAGGACAGUGA